AUGUCCGGCAAUCCCAACGACCACAACGACCCGAACCGGCAGGGCCCGUACCGCAAUCCCAACGAUCAGUAUCCGCCUCCGCCGCAAUGGAACCCUAGUCAACCUGAGCAGCCUGGUGAUGGUCAACAACCUCCUCACUAUCCUUAUCCUCCAGUUUCUUAUCCCCCAGGUUCCUAUCCACCACCACCAGCAGAUCACCCAUACCCGUCUGCACCUGGACAGUAUCCGCCUCCGCCGAACAUGGCAGCUAUUCCCCCUCCGCAGUCGCAUGACCCCUACCGCAUGGCACCCCCUCCCGGCUCCUACCGCCCCCCAGACAUGUACAGCGCACCCCCUCCGCCUCAAGUAGUCUAUCAAGCUGCUGCUCCUCGUCAGCGGACUGCCAUCGCGUGUCGCUACUGCCGGAGACGGAAGAUCCGUUGCUCGGGAUUUGAAAGCUCUCAGGAUGGACGCUGCACCAACUGCAUCCGCUUCAACCAGGAGUGCAUGUUCACGCCAGUCUCAUCCCAGGCGCAAGCCUUUGUCCCUGCCCAUGCCGCCUACCCCCACCUACGGAAUCCCCAGAACCAAGGCCGCGGACCGCCUCCCGCAGGAGUCAUGCUCUAUGGUGCCCAUGGCCAGCCCCUCCCACCACAGCAGCAACCGGAGAGUACACUGCCAUCGGUGUACCCCCCUCAAUACGCAAACGCUCCUCCCAAUGGAGCUCAGGAUCAUAGGCCUGUUGGUCGUCGAGGAUCAGGCUCGGGUUUUGAAUACCCUGAUCCCACUAAUCUCGCCCCGGUGACACCCGCUACAUCUGCAUCUGGCUAUCAGACGUAUAAUGCGACGAGCCCAUACUAUCCGCCGCCGCCGCCUCCACAUGAGCGACGUACCUCUCCGCAAUCGAGUUAUCCCUAUGAUGGUCGCCAUUCCUCGUCUCCUCACAGCUCCCCGUAUCCUCCUGUGAACCCCAAUCAGACUCCUCCCCCCACUUCCACCCCGGGGGGUUCAUCUCGCGGCGGACUGAAUGUGCGAGACAUGUUGAAUCCUGGAGGAGAAGGUCAGGGCCGCUCUAGCACCGAUAGUGACAUGCUCAAUGCAUUGAACCGUCGGGGCCUAGGCCAAUAG